AUGAGCGCUCCUCCCCCCGCAGGCAGUGGCCCCUCGCGCCCAACCGGUCGUCCUCCGUUCGUGCCGCGCAAACCCGCCUCUGCGAAUCCCCUCGUAGCAAGAAAGAAGAAGAGACCGACCCCCGUCUUCUCCAAACCGCCAAAUAAAAGGCCUGGAUUAGGGAAGGGCGAUAUCGACGACGACGAAAUUCCUAUACUCAAUGACAUGAACGAUCCCUCAAUGCGCAAGCUCGCGCAGAUUCGGGAAGAGAACGGGGGUUGGACGGAAAAAACACCAGCGAACUACAAGGACUUCCCGCUGGUGGUGACCAAGCGGUCUCUGCUGGAGGGUCUGCGCCACCAUAUCAUGCGCCUAAGCAAGGCGAAAGGAGACUCGAGCAAAGCAAAGGGGGAUGCCAUAGUGGACAUCAUGAACCAAGACCAGUUCCCGCGUCCAGUCACCCUACUGCGUCGCGACCCGCGGCUUCCUCCUGCCCACCGUAUGGUUGUGAAGGAGGAUUCGGCACCGGCAGAUCCCGCCGAGGCUGCCGAGUUCGAGCGUGCCCGCCAGCUCAAGGCCGACAAGGAGGCGCAACGCGCUUUGGAUCAAGCACAGAUAGCACCUGUUGCCAGAGCCAACGAACCGAAACCCAAGCCAAACAACAAGAAGGAGAAGCCAACCGCCUUCUACGGGAGAAACUCGGAUGCGCAGAAGAAAGAAUCCAAGAUCCAUUACGAGGAAACUUGGCCGUGGCACUUGGAAGACGCCGAAGGCAAGGCGGGCGUGUGGGUUGGUUCGUAUAUUGCCAGCCUGUCGGAUCUGAACGUCGCGCUAGUCAUCGAUGGCGCCCGCUUCCGCAUGAUCCCACUUGAGAGGUAUUACAAGUUCGACGAAAAGCCGAAGUUCGAUACGCUCUCGCUAGACGAUGCCGAGAAAAUGAUGUACGAGGUCAAGGAGAUCAAGCGCUGGGUAAUGAAGCAGAAAGACCAGGAGUUUAUGGAAAGAGAAAAGAGCGAGACUCGCCGGUUCUUGGGCGGGCCCACGCGGGUCAAGACGGAGAGCGCCACUUCGCGCAUGGCGCGCAGAACUGAGCGACAGGACGAUUUUGAGCUCGAUAUGUCUGGUGACGAAUUCCAAGACGACGACGAGGCGCCCAACUUUGAGGCGGACGAUGAAGAUACCAAAGACUCCAAGGAACGCAUCCGCCGCGAGCAGGUGGCGGCCAACACUUUUGGCGCGGGCGAAGAGGAGAAGGUCGAGCAACAGGAGCGGGAGGAGCAGCUCGAAAAAAUUCGAAGCAAGAUGAUGGGGAAACAGACCGUCAAAACCCUCAAGAAGCUUGAACAUGGGCAGGAUUAUGACGAUCUGGAGUCUGGUUCCGACCAGAACAACCCUUUUACUGACGAAUCGGCCUCCGAAGACGAGGAAUCAGAUAAGGAGUCAGAAAAGGAGGAUGAAGAGGGCAAAAAGGCCGGCCAGAAAGAUCAAGGUGCCUCCGGGUCCAACACCAAGGGCAAUACGACGCCGUCUGGGAAACAGAGGACGGUCGACGCACUCAAAAAGGGUAAGCUGAAGCGGGCCGGUUCGCCCAACAUGUCCGAGUCGAGCGACAACGAAGCAGUCCGCAAGAAGAUCAGGACUGGGAAAGGGUCUGUUGCCCCUAGCCGCGGAGGGACUCCGAUCCCCGGGCGGCCGAAGCCGUUGAGCGCUGCCAUGAGCGACGGCGAAGCCACGGCCGGCGAGGGAUCGGAUGCCGGUGCCAAACUCAAGAAGAAGCUCAAGGUGAAGCCGGGAAUGCGGCCGGGCGGCACGCCUUCCGGUUCAAGGGCUGGCAGCCCCGCCCCAGGUGCAAACCGGCCGGGUGCUCCCAAGACCGGCGGCGCGACUCCCAGCGGGUCACCACCCCCGAGCCAGGCUGUCGAUAUCAUUCAGCCCAGAGAGAUUGCUGAGGCCCUGGCUCCGUAUGCCAAGGAGGGCAUCAGUCUGUCCAAUCUCAUGAAGAAAUUCCAGACGCGUGUGAACAAGCCUGGCAACAUUACCACGUCGCAGUGGAUCCAGAUGGUCAAGGUUCACGGUGUCUACGGCCCGGACAAGCUUCUACGGCCCAAGGCCAGCUAG